AUUGUUGAUUUGUGUGUGGUAAUUGAAGUGGCGUUAAAAUCUAAAUACGGUUGUUUUAUGGCUCCUAGGUUUUUUUUUAUUUUUGUUAAGGGAAAUUAAACUGUGAUAAUAAUGCAUUAUAUUGCCGCAUUGGAUGUGGGAACAACAACAGUACGUUGUUUUGUGCUCAAUGAGAAAUGUGAAAUUAAGGGUUCAGCAGUGGAAGCGGUGGAAUUGUUGAAUCCACAACCGGGUUAUUUUGAAAUUGAACCGGAAGGUUUGUGGCGGAAAAUCGUUAGAGUGAUACAAAAUGCGGUUAAAAAUGCUCAAAUAUUACCUGCCCAAAUUUCCUGCCUGGGUAUCAGCUCUCAGCGCUGCACUUUUCUGUCUUGGAAUCAUUUGACCAACGAAUAUUUUCAUAAUUUUAUAACCUGGAAAGAUUUACGCUCCGAUGGUUUGGUUGACAAAUGGAAUAACAGUUUAACGUUAAAAACCAUCAAUGGCUUGGCCUAUGCUUUAUAUUUAUUAACACGCAGCAAUCGUUUUCUGGCCGGUAGUGUGUUAAAAAUGAUGAAUGGCCAGGUUACUUUACGCUUAUUGUACGAAAUUCAAAAUAAUUUAAGAUUGAAGGAAGCUUUGAAAACAAACUCAGCCAGAAUUGAAUUAUUGGAUUCGUGGAUUUUGUAUAAACUGAGAUCAGGCAAUGGACAGAAUCCCAGGGUGGAACAUAUCACAGAUAUAACUUCGUGUACGGCGACAGGUUUAUUUGAUCCCUUCCUAUUGGAUUGGUCGCCAAUGAUGAAAUUGGUUUUUGGCAUUGAUAGUUCAUUACUACCUAAAAUUGUUAACAAUUCCUACAAACAUUUCGGACAUAUCAACCCUGCCGACUUUGGAUCUGAGUGGCAAAAUUGCAAUAUACCUAUAACUUCAUCGAUAAGUGAUCAAGCGGCAGCAAUAUUUGGUUCACAAUGUUUCUCAAAAGGCGAUGUUAAAAUCACUAUCGGUACGGGAGCUUUUUUGGAUUUAAUAACUGGCAACAAGUGUCAUGCUUCUUUAAAAGGCAUGUAUCCUUUGGUAGCUUGGCAAUUUGAUAAACCAACUUUUUGCGUUGAGGGUGCUGCCCAUGAUAUGGGCACGGUUAUAGCAUGGGGUCAAAAUUGUGGAUUAUUUGUGGAUCCAGCGGAAACAUCAAGUAUUGCAGAAUCGAUAUCAGACACAAAUGGAGUAUAUUUUGUGCCAGCAUUCAGUGGUUUGGGGGCUCCUAUAAAUGAUCAUAAAGCGGCUAGUGGUUUUAUAGGUGUAACACCAUCUACUAGAAAAGCUCAUCUAAUUAGAGCUUUAUUAGAAAGUAUUGUAUUUCGUUUAGUGCAGUUAAGUGAAACGGCGGAAGAGGAAACUGGUCAAAAGCUUAAGAUUUUAAGAGUUGAUGGUGGCGUAUCACGCAAUAACUUCGUCUGUCAGUUCUUGGCGGACGCUAGCGGCAUUCAUGUUGAAAGAGCACGUAAUCCAGAAAGCAGUAUAAUGGGUGCCACUUAUGCAGCUGGCAUAAACUAUGGCCUAUGGAAAUCUUUUGAUGAUGUUAGUAAAUUUCGAGAUAUAGAACGCAUUUUUGAACCGAAAAAAGAAAACUUUCAAGCUAUACGUGAUCGUAUGAACGUUUGGCUAAAAGCCAUUGAUCGUUUUGGUCAUUGGUAUUAAUAGCACUGCUAUGCAUUUAUGUACAUAUGUAUGUUGUUUAAUAAAAAUUAAGAAAAAAAAGGUUUGUAAUAAAUUGUGAUGAUAUCUAUCUAUGCCAUCAAAAUAUAAAGCAAAGUGUUUCGAAAAAUAUAUAUGUAUGUAAACAUUGCUAUGAA